GAAUUUUUGUUGAGAAGCUCAGUGUUUCCAGAUCCCUGCUCUCUUUGAAACUGCCCCCACAUUUCAUCCUGCCCGUGGGCUUGCCCUCUCCGGAUAAAACUCCACGUUUGUGGGCUCUUCCUUCCCAGGUAGCUGGUAACAUGUCCAGUUUUCCGCAGAAGCUGAUACUAUCAGACUGAACCCUUUUGAGUCCUUAUAGCCCAGUCCCAGGACCCCAGCUUCUCUGAGGCUCCGCAAAGAGACAUUUUCUGCCGAGGUCUUCUGAGCUGCAGGCCUCACUAGAGAGAAUUUGCGGCUUCUCAAGCAGGAAGGCGUUUUGUGGCUGAGUCUAAAUGAAACAGAAGUCGCUUUGUGCACACACACACACACACACACACACACACACACACACACACACCAGAGUAGGGAAACCGUCAUUUUCUUACUUGCCCUCUGACAUUAAUCACCUUCUCUGGAGCUACAGUUGCUCUGUACUCAGAUUCAUCCCUGGCUGGCAAUGAAAAAUGAGCCUCUCCCCCACCCUUGCUGCCGCCUUUCACCUCACGCCCCCAGAGAAGAGUUUCUUCGUGUGGCAGCCGGUGAAGGUUUUUUUCCACGUCACAUGAUCCAGGAUGCAGGGGGAGAAUCCUUCUUGGAACAGAGAUGGGCCCAGAAGUGAAUCAGAUGAGGACAGAUAAAGUGUGCUGUGGGAAGACUAUAUAAGAAUGGACCCAGGGCUGCAGCAAGCACUCACCCGAGUGGCCCCUUCUCAAGACACAGCCAUGCAUGUACCAGCAGGCUCCGUUGCCAGCCACUUGGGAACCACGAGCCGUGGCUAUUUCUACUUCACCACCACUGCGCUGGCUCUGUGUCUCGUCUUUGCUGUGGCAACCAUUAUGAUGUUGGUAGUUCAGAAGACGGACUCCAUUCCCAACCCACCGGGAAAAUUCCCCCUUAAAGGAGGAAAUUGCUCAGAGGACAUCUCAUGUAUACUGGAAAAGGCUCCGUUCAAGAAGUCAUGGGCCUACCUGCAAGUGUCAAAGCAUAUAAACAAAUCCAAGUUGUCUUGGAACAAAGACGGCAUUGUCCAUGGAGUCAGAUAUCAGGAUGGGAAUCUGGUAAUCCAGUUCCCAGGUUGGUAUGUCAUCAUUUGCCAACUGCAAUUUCUCGUGAAAUGCCCAGAACAUUCUGUUGACCUGAAGUUGGAGCUUCUCAUCAACAAAGACGUCAAAAAGCAGACACUGGUGACAGUGUGUGAGUCUGGAGCACAAACCAAAAACAUAUACCAAAAUCUCUCUCAAUUCUUGCUGGAGCACCUCCAGGUCAACACCACCAUAUCAGUCAAGGUGGAUAAAUUCCAGUAUGUGGAUACAAACACCUUUCCUCUUGAGAAUGUGUUGUCUAUCUUCUUAUAUAGUAGUUCAGACUGAACCAUUUCUUCUGGUCUUCAGGAAGAAAGCCACUCUCUACCAUACAGUACUUCAUCCAUCCAAACACUUGGGCAAAAAGAAAACUCUAGACCAAGACUAAAACCAUAAAGUAUACUAAAUAAUAUGCUUCUCCUUCUGUCUCUUGGGAAGAUACAGCUCCAGGGCUUAAAAAAAAAAAAAAAAACAGUUUUGAGUGAAGUAUCUUUCAAAUUGAAGGCAAGGAAGCAAGACAGUAUGGUGGGAAAAGCCCCACAUGGGUAUCAGAAGGGAUGAAUUUACGCCCUGGCCCAACCAC